AUGGCGCCGUCACGAAUGCAACGGUCCGAAGGGCUGCAAAAACUUUUACAUUUUGUCCUUGGUUAUUACAAUUCAUCGCAGGCACAAAUGACGAACGUAGUCUUUCCGUUCGAAGAUCAAGAGAAACUGCUAGAAGAAGCACUAAAUGUUGUCAAAGUCCAGGCAUUUCAGAUGAAAAGAUGUCUAGACAAAUCAAAGUUGAUGGAUGCUCUCAAGCAUGCAUCAACUAUGUUGGGAGAGUUGAGAACUUCGUUGUUAUCUCCAAAAAGUUACUAUGAGCUUUAUAUGGCAAUAACAGAUGAACUGCGACACUUGGAGCUCUAUCUGCUGGAAGAGUUUCAGAAGGGUAGGAAGGUUGCGGACUUGUAUGAGCUUGUACAGUAUGCAGGGAAUAUAGUACCUCGACUCUAUUUGCUGAUCACAGUUGGCCUUGUCUAUAUCAAAACCAACUCGAAUUUAAGAAGGGACCUUAUGAAGGACUUGGUGGAGAUGUGCCGUGGGGUGCAGCAUCCACUUCGGGGGUUGUUCUUGAGGAACUAUCUCCUGCAGUGCACCAGAAAUGUUCUCCCUGACACUGCCGAGGCGCAAAAUGACAACGAAGGAACGGUACGUGAUGCCAUCGACUUUGUUCUGAUGAACUUCGCCGAAAUGAAUAAAUUGUGGGUGAGGAUGCAGCAUCAGGGACACUCCAGGGACAAGGAGCGACGUGAACGCGAACGGUCCGAGCUCCGGAUCCUGGUGGGCACCAACCUGGUGAGGCUCUCGCAGUUAGAGUCGGUGACCGUGGACGACUACGGCAGGCUGGUGCUGCCCGGGAUCCUGGAGCAGGUGGUCAGCUGUCGGGACGCGAUCGCCCAGGAGUACCUAAUGGAGUGCAUAAUACAGGUUUUCCCCGACGAGUUCCACUUGGCGAAUCUGCAGCCCUUCCUCAAAUCCUGUGCCGAGUUGCAGCCCGGGGUCAAUAUCAAGAACAUCAUCAUCAGUCUGAUUGAGCGCCUCGCCAGCUACAGCCAGAGGAACGAAGGCAACGUGAACCUGAGUGUUGUGCUGGAAGAUGGAAAGGAGCAAGAGGUGCAGCUGUUUGAGGUGUUCUCCGAUCAAGUAGCAGCAAUAACGCAGAGCCGAACUGACAUGGCACCAGAGGACACGCUGAGCCUCCAGCUGGCACUUCUGAAGCUGGCCCAGCGCUGCCACCCUGACAAGCUGGCCUACGUGGACAGGGUGCUAGCGCACACCGCCGCCAUCUGCACGGAGAUACAUCGCACCAGCGGCAAACCUCACCUGGAGCACAACACGCCCGCGUUCAAGGAGCUGAUGAAGAUCCUCAACCUGCCCGCUGACCACUACAGGAACAUCUUGACCCUCGUGCGGCUGCAGAACUACGCGCCGCUCAUCACCCACCUGAACCACCACGGGCGGGUGAUGAUCGCCGUUCACCUCAUCACCGACGUCCUAGAGACGGACACCUACAUCUCAACACCCGAAGACGUGGAGGCGGUGCUGUCGAUGCUGGAUGUCUUGGUCAAGGAUCAGCCUGACCAGCCCUCCCCAGAGUCUGAUUUAGAGGAUUUCAUGGAGGAGCAGGGUUUGUUGGCUAGACUCAUCCACCACUUCAGGUCGGACUCCGCCGACCAGCAGUACCUGAUCCUGAGCGCGGCGCGGAGGCUGCUGCAGAACGGCGGCGCGCGCCGCAUCCAGCACACCUUCCCGCCGCUGCUGUUCCACGCGUACCGGCUGGCCUUCCUCUACAAAGACCUUGGGGAGCAGGAUGAGAUGUGGGAGAAGAAGUGCCAGAAGAUAUUCCAGUUCUGCCACCAGACGAUCAGUAUGCUCGUUAAAGCGGAGCUCGCCGAAUUACCUUUGAGACUGUACCUGCAGGGGGCGCUGGCGAUCGGCGAGAUCGGCUUCGCGAACCACGAGACGAUCGCGUACGAGUAUCUAUCGCAGGCUUUCUCGCUCUACGAGGACGAGAUAUCGGACAGCAAGGCGCAGCUGGCCGCCAUCACGCUCAUCAUCGCCACGUUCGAACAGAUCAACUGCUUCGGGGCAGAAAACGCCGAGCCGAUGCGAACCCAAUGCGCCCUAGCGGCGAGUAAGCUGCUGAAGAAACCGGACCAGAGCAGGGCGGUGGCCCUCUGUGCCCACCUUUUCUGGAAGGGCGCGAAGGAUGGCAAGCAGUGGGCGCUGAACGACGCGUCGCGAGCGCUCGACUGCCUGAAGAAGGCGGCGCGCGUCGCCCAGCAGUGCAUGGACGGCGGCGUGCAAGCCCAGCUACUUGCCGAACUGCUCGGCCGCUACGCUCUGCUCAGGGAGCGGGGCAACGCCAGCCUCACCAUCAACCUCAUUGACGCGGUGAUCCAGAAGAUCCGAGAAGAGCUCGCCAACCUGGACCAGUCCGAUGAAGUGGAGCAGAUCACGAAGCACUUCCACAACACUUUGCAGCAUCUGAAGAACCGUAUGGAGUGUCCCGAUCCUGAUGGUCUAGGCUACGAGGGUCUGGUGCUAUCC